UUUCAGUGAAGUUUCCAGAAGAAGAAAGAGACCGUACCCAAAAGAAAAGCUUCAACCAGAGUCUGCAAAAGCUUGAGAAAGAAAAGAACGCAAAUUUAAAUUUGAAACCCUAGCUAGGGUUCGAGGUCUGCGAUUGCACACUCAAAACAGAAGCCAGUGAUGGAGAAACCAUGGGCAUCGGUAGCGUCAAGCUCAGAGGGAUCUCGAGAGCUUCAGUGCAUAGGCAAAUUGGAAAUCGAAAGGCCAAACCCCGUCGGCUUCCUCUGCGGCUCCAUUCCUGUUCCCACAGACAAAGCCUUCCACUCUUUCGAUUCUGCUCUCAUUCCUUCCCGCCAAACAGUGAGUGCUCCGCGGUAUCGAAUGCUUCCGACGGAGACAGACCUCAACAGUCCUCCACUGCUUUCAAAUUUCCCGGACAAGGUUCUUCCCAUUGCUGCCAUGCACUCCAAGGCCGCUGGAGAUAUAGCAUGGGAUGGUGGUACUGUUACAUCAAAUCUCGCUAGGAAAUGUGAGGCCCUUGCUGUGUCUGGUUUGGUUGAGUAUGGGGAUGAGAUUGAUGUCAUUGCUCCAGCUGACAUUCUGAAGCAGAUCUUUAAAAUGCCAUAUUCCAAGGCUCGAUUAUCGAUUGAAGUUCAUCGUAUUGGACAGACACUUGUUCUGAAUACCGGUCCUGAUAUUGAAGAGGGGGAAAAGUUAAUAAGACGACGUAAAAAUCAAUCAAAGUGUGCAGAUCAAUCUCUGUUUUUAAAUUUUGCUAUGCAUUCAGUUCGAAUGGAAGCUUGUGAUUGCCCACCAACUCAUCAUGUCCCAUCAGCGGGGCAAUCCAACUCUUCUGUUCUUCCUGGAGCAAAUACUCAGUUUGUGGGACAGCAUGAGAAUGGUGUCGGGGAUGAAGAAUCAAAUCAUUGUCCAGAGUACACAGAGGUUAAAAGGGAUGAUUUCUUUUGGGACAGUAAGAAGGGUAAGAAAAAUAAGGGACGCAAUCCUGUUAAAAAGGCUUCACAAAUUGGUGAGAAGUCCAGGUGCGCAAUACAAGAGUCUGAAAAACAUAGAAGAGUUGGUAAUGAUGGGUUUUUAAGGGUUUUGUUUUGGCAAUUUCACAAUUUCCGCAUGCUCCUCGGAAGUGACUUGCUUCUAUUCAGUAAUGAAAAAUAUGUUGCUGUUAGCUUGCAUCUCUGGGAUGUUUCACGACAGGUUACACCAUUAACUUGGCUUGAAGCCUGGCUUGAUAAUGUCAUGGCGAGUGUGCCUGAGAUGGCCAUCUGUUAUCAUGAAAAUGGUGUUGUCCAGGGCUAUGAGCUUCUGAAAACAGAUGAUAUAUUUCUACUAAAGGGGAUCUCUGAGGAUGGCGCUCCUGCUUUUCAUCCUUAUGUGGUACAGCAAAAUGGCCUUUCUGUUCUGAGGUUCCUUCAAGAAAACUGCAAGCAAGAUCCUGGAGCUUAUUGGCUGUAUAAAAGUGCUGGGGAAGAUGUCAUUCAGCUCUUUGAUCUUUCUGUGAUUCCUAAGAGUCGUUCUUCUAAUGAUUGUGAUGAUAGCCCAAGCUCCCUGCCUUCUGUAUUGCAUCAAGGGAGAAGUGAUUCCCUGUAUUCAUUAGGGACUCUAUUGUAUCGAAGUGCUCACAGGCUUUCACUUUCAGUGGCUCCAAAUAAUAUGGCAAAGUGUGCCAGGUUCUUCCAAAAAUGUUUGGAACUCCUAGAUGAGCCAGAUCAUUUGGUUGUACGUGCAUCUGCACAUGAACAAUUUGCGAGGCUUAUUUUGAACCAUGAUGAAGAGCUGGAAUUAACGUCUGACGCUCUGCCUGUAGAAUGUGAACUUAUAGUUACUGAUGCUGAGGAAGAUUCUUCGGACUUUUUGAGUAGCAUUUCUGAAUUGUCAGUCCAUGAACCAGUACCCUCCCUUGUUGGAGAGGAAAAUUCAUGUGAAGAUGGACAGAGUUUUCAAGAUUCAGUACGUGAUGCUUCUGUAAAGAUGACUUUAGAAGCAAAUGCAUAUUCUCCAAGAAAAUUGUUAGCAGCAGGUGGCACGGACAUCGGAGGUUCCACAGAAGCUGUACUAAGUUCCUCUGGCGAUGAAAGCUCUGAAGUUGGCAAAUUGCCUGCAACAACCACACAUGUAGUUCAAACGGUUGCCGAACCAAUCUCCUCUAAACUAGCUGCAAUACAUCAUGUUUCUCAGGCUAUUAAAUCUGUUAGAUGGAUGCGCCAACUGCAGACUACGGAAUCCAAGUUGAUGGGCCAGGACAAUGAAACCCAUGAUAGGCCACCUUCAUGUGUUAAUCUUUCCGUUUGUGCAUGUGGUGAUGCUGACUGUAUUGAAGUUUGUGACAUUCGGGAAUGGCUUCCAACAUCAAAAUUGGACCAUAAGCUGUGGAAACUUGUUCUUUUGCUUGGAGAAUCGUAUUUGGCACUUGGACAAGCUUAUAAGGAGGAUGGCCAGUUACAUCAAGCUUUAAAGGUUGUAGAAUUGGCCUGUUCUGUUUAUGGAUCCAUGCCUCAACAUCUUGAAGACACAAAAUUCAUUUCUUCCAUGAGUAGUUGCUUUUCAUCACAGACAAAAUUCAGUUAUACAAAUAAAAAGACGAGAUCAUCUAAUAGUGAUCUGGAGGAUCUGAGCUCCAACUCCAAUGAUGAUUGUCUUUCGUUUGAGCAGUUCUCUUCCAUCUACCUCUUCUGGGCCAAGGCAUGGACACUAGUUGGAGAUGUUUAUGUUGAAUUCCAUAUUGCCAAGGAUAGUAUGAUCCCUGCACUGGAGAAGAGAAAAUACUCUACCAGAGAGUUGAAAGUGUCAUCUGAGGUUGUGAAAGAAGUGAAAAGGCUCAAGAAGAAGCUGGGACAGUAUACGCAGAACUGCAGUUCGUGUUCUCUGGUAAAUUGCAGCUGUCAGAGUGAUAGGGCAAGCAGUGGUAGCAGUGCAAGUAGUAGUCGUCAUGAUAUGCGCUCGGUAACUUGUGGCAGGAAAUACAGUAAAAGAUCAUAUACUAAGAGCAACGCCUACCCACUUUUAAGAGACCCUGAAGAUGAUAAUCUUUGUUUGAAAAUGGAGAACAGAAAUGUUUCUGAUUGUGAAUAUUUACACCAAAAUAGUAAUGGCGAAACCACAGUACAAUCUUCUAACAAUUUGGAAGGCAUCCUAGAGAUGCAUGAUAUGGGGUCGACACUGGCCUCUCAAUCUAAUGCUGCUUUGAGAGAACCAACAAAAGUGAAAAAUGGUGGGAUAUUCAAGUACCUUGGAGGUCCUGCGGUUGGAGAUGCUGAAAGCAAUCUUUCAGAAGCCCUAUGCUGUUAUGAAGAAGCUAGAAAGGCAUUAGGUGGUCUUCCAUCUAAUUCAGCAGAAUUACAAUCUAUAAUGAAAAAGAAAGGGUGGGUAUGCAAUGAACUGGGUCGAAAUAGGCUUGGGAGGAAAGAACUAAACAAAGCUGAAUUUGCUUUUGCUGAUGCUAUAAAAGCAUUCAGGGAAGUCUCUGAUCAUACCAAUAUCAUAUUAAUAAACUGUAACUUGGGCCAUGGAAGACGGGCAUUGGCAGAAGAGAUGGUAUCAAAGAUUGAUAGUCUCAAGACGCAUGCAAUCUUUCGAACUGCAUACAACCAUGCAUUAGAGACUGCAAAAUUAAAAUAUAGUGAAUCACUUAAAUAUUAUGGGGCAGCAAAAGUGGAACUCAAUGCGUUUGUUGAAGAGGCUGCUGGCCCUGAAUUAAACAAUUUGAGGACUGAGGUAUAUACACAAUUUGCUCAUACGUAUCUGAGGCUCGGAAUGCUCUUGGCAAGAGAAGAUAUAUCUGUGGAAGUUUAUGAAGCUGGAGUCUUGGGAGAUGUGCAUGUUGAUUCCACUAGCCCUAGUGGCAGAAAAUCAAGAAAAGAAUCACGUAAGCAUGAGAUUUCAGCCAAUGCUGCCAUUAGGGAGGCACUGUCUCUUUAUGAAUCAUUAGGCGAAUUACGGAAACAGGAGGCUGCAUAUGCCUAUUUUCAGCUGGCUUGCUACCAAAGGGAUUGUUGUUUGAAGUUCUUAGAGCCAGACCAUAAGAAAAGCAGCUUAUCUAAAGGUGAAAACACUAUUGUCCAACGGGUCAAGCAGUACGCAGCCUUGGCAGAGAGGAACUUGCAAAAGGCCAUGGAUUUCUAUGGCCCCAAGACGCAUCCUACCAUGUACCUGACUAUUCUUAUAGAAAGAUCAGCUCUUUCACUGAGCCUUUCAAGCCCUUUACACUCAAAUGCAAUGUUGGAAUCAGCUCUGUCUUACAUGCUCGAAGGACGGUAUGUGUCAGAAACAGAUUCGGACUCUUCGAAAACUGAUCAUUCUGAGGUACUUGCCAAGUUUUGGAGUCAGUUGCAGAUGCUUUUGAAGAAGAUGUUGGCUGUGGCACUUGCUGCACGUGUGAACAAAUCUCCUGUUUCUCAGCCACCUUCAAUAUCCAACAGGUGUGGAGAUGCUGAAAAGCUGAGGGAGCUUUACAAAAUCUCUCUCAAGUCCACCAAGUUAAGUCAAUUGGAUGAUAUGCACUCCUUGUGGACAUCAUAAUCUGGGAACUUGUCUGUGCACGACAGCCUUAUUGUAAUUAUGUGGCGAUAACAGGUGGAGAGAGAGCUUGGGUUUGUAAUGUAUUGUAAUAUGCUCUGCAUAAUAUUGUCUAUAGAAAGAAUUGUAAAAAGAAAAAUCCGAACAAAUAUUUGGUAAAUAUGAGCUUUUUGAAUUCUGGUAAUACUAGUAAUAAUAUUUCUUGGAGUAUUUUGUCAU